CACAAUAUUUCAAUAUUUUUCAAUCUUCCAAAGCCAUUUUCUUGGUGGAUAAGAGAUGGGGUUAUCGUCUCCCGUCAAGAUACUUGUCGGGAUUCCUUCCGAUGACAUUGACGAGAGCAAGAUGCUUCUUUCAUGGACAAUCAAUGUUCUAGCUCAUCAACAUGACUGCAUUGUUGCUACUCAUGUUCUUGUCAGCGACGAUACAAAGAGGCGUGCAUCGACGGCCAUGACAAUGAAAAUUCAAUCACAGCUUCGUCGAGCAAAAGCCUACGUCAUAUCAAUUCUCGGAGAGUUCGCCAACGUUAACCAAUCCAAGCAGGUAAAUUUGGAAGCGAGAGUCAGUUUUAACUCGAGCAUUGGAAGAGGUUUGAUUGAAGAAGCAAAGUCGAUUUCAGCCGACCUCCUUAUUCUUCGUGGUGCGAGAAACAAAUCAAACAGAACUCCCAGUAGUAUUGGAAGGUAUUGUUUUGAGAAUGCUCCUCAGAAAUGUACUCUGAUCUUCUUGGGAAAGCAAGAACAAUUGAAACAAUAUUUGGACUCCGAUUCUGACUCUCUUCCAUCUAAAGGAGAAGGUAAGUGCGAGGGAGAGGUUUUGAGAGCUCAAAAGCCAGACAGCAAUAGGGUUCCGCCACACAUGGCGGCAGACGAUGAGGUCGAAGCCUCCGGCGACUCAGUUUCAAACACCACCACGGAAGACGACUCCUUCACGUCGGGGGACUGCAGUACCAUUGGCUCUCCUCCACCACUUGUUUCCCCUUUCAAAUCUCAAUCCUGUGACUCAAAGCGACACCGACAGCGAAUGUCGCCGUGUAAAUUGAUAUCGUCGUUCAUUGGGUCGCCUUUUCGGAAAAGAAAUUGCAGCUUUUCUGAGAAGCAAUCGUAUGAUCAACCUUUGCUGAGAUGCUUCAGCUAUGAGGAGAUUUUGAAUGCUACCAAUAAUUUUCAUCCAGAAAAGAUGGUAGGGCAAGGUGGGUAUUCAGAAGUAUACAAAGGAGAACUAAGUGAUGGAAAGAUGAUUGCUGUGAAGAGACUCACAAAAGACAACAAAGAUGGUAACAAAGAGAAAGAAUUUCUUAUGGAACUUGGAAUUAUUGGCCAUGUCUUUCAUCCCAAUACUGCUUCUUUGCUUGGUUGUUGCAUUGAAAAUGGCCUUUAUCUCAUCUUCAACUUCUCUCAAAAUGGAAACCUUUCUUCUGCAUUGCAUGGAAAAACAAGCAAAAUGUUAGAAUGGUCAGUGAGAUACAAGAUUGCUUUGGGAAUUGCAAAAGGUUUGCAUUAUCUUCAUGAAUGUUGCAAACAUCGUAUAAUCCACAGAGACAUUAAAGCUUCUAAUGUUCUUCUUGGCCCUGAUUAUGAGCCUCAGAUAACAGACUUUGGGCUAGCAAAAUGGCUUCCAAACAAAUGGACACACCAUGCAGUAGUUCCAAUAGAAGGCACAUUUGGAUAUUUAGCACCUGAAUAUUUCAUGCAUGGUUUUGUUGAUGAAAAAACUGAUGUUUUCGCAUUUGGAGUUCUUCUUUUGGAGAUUGUCACUGGUAGAAAGCCUGUUGAUUCAUCCAAACAAAGCCUUCUCUUGUGGGCAAAGCCUCUUAUGGAGUCGGGCGAGAUUGGGAAACUAGCUGAUCCGAGGCUCAAAUGCUAUGAUGCCAAGGAGUUGCAAAGAGUUGUGUUGGCUGCUUCUUGCUGCGUUCGACAGUCCUCAGUCGAGCGACCGACGAUGAGCGAGGUAUUGGAUGUGCUAAAUAAAGGCUAUGAUUCAGAGAUUGCAAAGAGCUUGAGAACCCCAACGUUGAUCUCUAAUGAUGACAAUGAAUUGGAUGAUUACUCCAUGAUAUUUGGAUAUGAAGUUCCAAUAGACAUUCUUCUUGAGGAGUAUUUAUGAGAUUAUUUAAAAUCUACAUAUACAUAUAUAUUUGUUUAGUUGAAAGUGAGCUUAAAAUUUUAGCCUUUUCUAGAAUCUAAUUGUAUUUUAUUUUAUUCUAUUCCUCCAAAUUAAGCCUUUAUUUAUAGAA